GCGGUCGUAGUUCGGUGCCCCGCUCUGCGCUGAGGCUAAUGCUGUACUCGCCAUUGCUCCGCGCGGUACCGCUGCGCUGCACUCCCUAGCAUCCCGUCCCAUCAGUGGUAGGGCCCGCGGCACUGGCCGGGGCUGCUCUGCUUUGCCGGGGGACGAGCUGAUGGAGCCACCUGCAGCUGCUGGUUUCAGGCUGAUCAAAGAAGAUACAGAAGGUGAUUAUGAACAAGGUUCUAGUCUGAUCAGAGAAGAAGAAACAGAAGAUGAUGUUGAACAAGGUUCCAGUCUCUUUGACGAAGAGGAAGAAUCUCAAACUGAAGAAGAUGGUGAACAGUUAGUGAAAUUGACUGAAGAUGACUUAAGCAGUAACAGGAUCAUACUCACAAGUGGCAUUCAGGAAUGGCCAGAUGGUUCCAGUUACAAAGGGGAAUUUGGGUUUGAUUUAAAGCUUGGUUAUGGAGAAUUCUCAUGGGUCAAUGGUGAGAGGUAUGUGGGGCAGUUUUACAAGGACCAUCGCCAUGGCAAAGGGAUGUAUUUUUGGCCCGACAAUUCCAAAUUUGCCGGUUCAUUUUAUCUUAGCCAUAAAGAAGGAUAUGGGACUAUGGAAUUCAAGGAUGGCAGAAACUAUCAGGGACUAUACAAGGCCGAUGAGCGUUUUGGACCAGGAGUUCAGAGCUAUCCAGAUGGCUCUCAAGACGUUGGCUUGUGGCUCAGGAAUCACAUAAUUAAACUGUGUACUGAAAUACCUGGACGUUUUUGUCUCCUGGAUUACCCAGAACACUACAGCUAUUUUGAUGCUGAUUCCCAGAGAGAGUAUCUUUCUGAUGAGGAGAGUCCAUUUUGGGAUCUGAAUGAGGAACAGGACCCGUUUUUCUACAACUACAAACGUCUCCUUUUAGAUGACAAUUACACAUUGCCUGAAAAAAUGUACAUAUACUCAACUGAUACAGAUCACCUUCCUUUGACUCGCAUCUUCCGUAAAGAGUUUGAUUCCCAAUAUUUUCAGAACUACAAAAAGUUGUAUGAUGAACAACCAUGGCCUAUUAAAAACACAAGCCCUUUAAUGGUUAGAAUGCAGAAGCACAUCUAUAAAUACAGGCAUUGUCAAACAGAGUUCAGUUGGAAUAUCAAUGUCAUUCUGAAUGGAAGCCGAGACACCUUUGGACCCAAGGGCCCCAAAGAGCUUGCUUCGGAGCAGCUGAUUCAGAAGGCAGCAGCAGGAGACUUCAAUAGCAUUUAUGAGAUUCUGAGGGACAGCUUAGCUCAUCCAGAUGUCGCUGACAUGCAUGGAUACACUGCACUUGCUGCUGCUGCUACGAAUUACCAUGACGACAUCAUUAAUCAUCUUCUUGAUAAUGGAGCUGAUGUGAAUAAAUGCAGCGAUGAAGGAUUAUCAGCCUUGUCAAUGUGCAUUAUUCUUUAUUACCCAGUGGAAUCAUUUAAGGCUAAUAUUGCUGAGAGGAACUUUAAAAAAGAUGAGGAUGAGCAGUUGGAAGAUGGAUCUGUACAACUUCCAUUGGCAUCAGCAAAACAGAAAUGCUUAACAGGCCCUGUUCAUCAGUCAGCUGUGGUACCUCCUAUGUCCGGGGAAAAGGCAGAAUCUGUUUCUGAUGAUAGAAAUGCAUUGGACGAAAUGGACCGUGCAAGUUUAGAAAAGAGGACUGGCUGCAGCACUGAAACUGACUUUGAGUCUAACCGUACUGUUUUCGACUAUGGAAUCAAGGUUUCUCUGGAAGCUUUGCAGCAGAGUGCAGAUGCCUUCAGCCAGUGUUUGCUGAGAGUACCCUCCUAUGCCUGUGUCAGUGGAUAUGGUGGGGCUGAAGGCACCGUGAGAAAAAUGGCGUUAUCAAUAUCUGAACACCAAAAGAGAUGGACCACGGUCAAACUACUUCUCCGCAGAGGUGCAGACCCCAAUGUUUGCCGGAUCCCUCUGCAUGUCCUAUUCUUUGCUGUUAAAGCUGCAGAUGUAGGGGCAGUGAAACUACUUUUAGCAGCAGGAGCAAGGACUGACAUACGACUUCCAUCCAGGCUGGGAGGUUUAAUGCCUCUUCAUAUUGCUGUAGCCAUUCCUGGUGAAGAAGGGGUCAAGAUAACGGAAUUAAUCCUUCAUUCAGCUACAGAUCCCGAUGCAAGGGCAGAAGACGAAGAUGAUGUAUAUGCACCAGACUGGAAUGAGCCUGCUGAAUCACCAGUUAUUAUUGCCAUGAAACUUAAUAAUGAAACUGGACCUCCUAGCGAAUACUACUCAUCUUCUAGUCUUGUCCCAGAGGAAGGUGGGAGGACUCCUUUGCAUAUUGCAUGUGAGAGAGAGGAUAACCCCAAGCAUGUCAGAGAUGUUGUCCACCUCCUCUUAACUCAUAAGGCAAAUCCUAACACCUUGUGGAGUGGCCACUCACCCCUUUCUCUGGCAAUUGCCAGUGGGAAUGAUUUGUCAGUGACAGAACUCUUAGCAUAUGGAGCCGACCCCAAUCUUCCAUUAAGCAACGGUAUAGGUAGUGCCCUUUGUGCUGCUGUCAACACUACAUAUGAACAGAAGAGGACCCUAUCAAACAGGAUUUUAUUGAUUGAUAAACUCAUUGAGGCUGGUGCAGAUAUGUUGAUGCCAAUUACUCUUAGCCAAGGGAGGAGGACUGCAGUGGGAACUGUAGUAGACUAUGCAUAUUAUAAAUACUUUCAGGAUAAGAAGAUAGCACAUACUCCAUACCACGCAUUAUUGCCGCCAGAACGAGAGAUUUUCAAUGCACGCAGGGAGCUGCUAGAGUACAUUAGUGACCGGCUUCGCGAGUGUGUUAUCUUGAAAGAGAGAGAAUGGGAUAGAGAAGAACUUCGGAAAUCCAGGAAAUUAGAUGCAAGUUCUCAUGCUCCCUCAGCUAGAAGGAAACGUGUGGACAAGCGUGCUGCAGUUAUGCUACCACGGGAGGAAGCGAGGCAGCCCUUCUUUAAAUACUGCUACCAAUGUGGGCGGGCUAUAGGGAUUCGACUCACUCUUUGCAUACGUUGUUACGAGAUCUUCACUUGCAGCAAGGCUUGUAAAGUCAAAGCCUGGAAUGAGCGUCACAAACGCGAGUGCUUAGGAGUUCCAGAAUAUGAUGGUGUUCUUCCUAUCUGAUCUUUAAGCUGUUGUUACAUUGCUUGUGCUGUUUCUGUAUUUCAUUCUACAGAUGGCAGCUACAUUUCUUUUGCUGUAUAUACUUGGCUGUAUAUGCCUGUGCUAUAUAUAAAAUGUACAUGUGUUUGCAGAUGUUUUAGAGACCCUGGGGAUAAAGGAAGUAUGGAAAUGUAUCAAAUGCUAUAUCAUUACUGCUACUGCUUCAGUGCAUGUGGGAGAAGGAGGAAAUACGGGGAAGAACACUAGUUGCAGUACAGGCCCCAAACCACCAGAUGGCAAUAAAAACUAUCAAAUAAUGUGGUAGGUGCUAGUUGAAAAAUCAAUACAACACAUUAAACAAAAAGAUAUUAAAGUUUCCCAAUAAGACCUUGACUACAAGAAAACUAAGUUCUUGACCAACUAGGGUGAUGCUGACCUUGCUAGAAUAUGGUCAUUUUUUUGGCUGCUUCAUCAUGCUGACCAACCUACUGUUGCAUAUUGAUCACAGCAAACAAGUCAGGACAGUGGGAAGGACCUCUGCUGAGAUGGGACAACCUCUCCUGUGACAGCAACAGUGACCAUUUAAUGCAAAUGAACUUUUUCCUUUCCAUGUGAAUUAAUAAUGAAGACGAAAAAGCAACAACAAAAAAGCCAUAUUCAACCUCAUGGAUCUUGUUUACAUCUUAAGAAAUGACAGCAGCAUGAUCAGAAAAAUGAAGUGUUGAGACUACACCUGAGAUAUGAUUAAAUAAUAUCCAGGCAGUAAACAGCGGUGAAGUUACCAUUGUGUUAACUCCACUACAUGUAGCUGUGUUGGAGGAUUCUGUUGGAAAAAACAUAGACCUUCUGCUUUAUAAGUGCCAAAAAUCUAAGACUUCUGCUAAAACUUUCAGAAUGAUAAGACUUCAGUCCAAGCUGUUCCUUGAGUCAAGAAACUACAUGAGUGCUAUAUUAUAACUGGAAUGUCAGUGAUGGAAAAAUUCUCCUAAAUCAUAUUCCUUCAAAAGCUAAGAAAUUCUGGCAUUGGCCAUCCCAAACCAUUUCUACAAAUCCCAGAUGUCCUCAUUUUAAUAAUAGCUGCUUAUCAUUCUGAAAACAACAAUUGAAGCUUGGGUUAGGUGCAGUCAAGAUUGAGCUCAGCAGAAGUACUUUAUGAUAUUAGUACUCUGCAUAUAUUCACUUGCUGAGUUGUUGCAAGGGAAAAGCUCCAGAUUGGCUGAGAGAGGUCUUGUGACUGCCUUGGUGAGCUGUGAUAGCUCUAUUGUAAAAUGCUGCUAUUCACCUCAUAUUCUUAGAACAGCAAGACCCAUCUAGAGACCUGCCACUUGACCUUUACUUAUGUAACCAAAAUGUUGAAACACAAAUGGGAAGUUGAAGAAAAAUGUCUAAUUAAAAGUGAUGGAAAAUUUUGUGCUUAGCAAAAAAAUGUUGAGGGCCUGGCAUCAAAGGCCAAUGUUAUUAGUUAGCUUCCAGUGGGAAUCACUAUAUUGAUAAAUAAUGGUAUCGGCUAUAAGAGUUAGACAUGCAUGGAGUAGCCAUCAGACUGUGAAGACAAAAUGGUGGACUGGUACCAUGACGGCCUUCAAAAGCAGAACAAGAGUA